AUGACUUGUAUUCUCAGGGAUCUAGUAGACAGAGACCUCUACUACCAGGCCUUGGUGGCCCAUAGAUGGGUUGAUGAAGAAACAGAAGAGGUUCAAGAGGAAAACCCAGAAGAAGGUCCCGAAGAACACCAAGUAACGGACUACAAGGGGGAGAAUUUCAAUGAAGAGUCAGACAAGGAUGAAGGCACCAGAUGGAUCCUUAGCGACCCUCACUCUUCGGGAGCAACACCGAACCAACACACAGCGCAAGAGGACCAUACCGACCGCCUACUCUCUUUAGAGGAGGAAGUGGCCACCCUAAAGCAGCAGCUCCUUGCAGCCGAAGUUAGGGCAGUUCAAGCGGAGCAAAGGGUGGAUGAGACCACUCGUGAAUGA